AUGGCGGUAACUGGGAAAGUCUUCUUGAAAGUUAAAUUGGAAAAGCAUUGGAAAGUCCAUCUGGAUAACGGUCACAUUUCGUCUGACGCUAUAUUGGAGUUUAAUCAAGCGAGACUCCCUCGAUUCUUCAGGAGCCCCUUAUCCGACGCCAUCUUCACCUAUCAGCGCCGAAAUGACGUCGGCAGGACUGUUGCAAGCGAUAUCGCGGACUCUGAUGAUAUCGAACAACAGGCGAUUAAUGGUGAUGGAGACUACUCCAUGGAAGAUCAUUUCAUCCAAGACGGCCUCACAGACGAUGACUCCGAAGACGAUGACCUUGAGGAAGAGGGAGGAGACCCCUUCCCUCAAGGCAGGAUUGAUAUCCUCAAGGAGAAUGAGAAAGACUGGGAUGUUCAGAGACUGUCUGGCUUUAUCUUUGUGCUCAAGAGGGUACACUUGCAUUGGGUUAUGUGGCGUACUCCUUAUGAGAAUCGUGUCAGACGGCCUGUUGCUCAUAUACAACGCAACAUGGAGAUGCAGCCUGUCUAUCGAACAGCGGUUGUCAUCGAUUGCGAAUGGGAUUCGAGCGACCUACGUCUGUGGGAGGUUGCUAUCAUAGAUCGAGCUACUGGGAAGGUGUUGAUAAACACCUUGAUAAAGGGUUCGAAGCCUGCCAAAGCUGCUCCUCUCCCUAAAGGCAGGUUAAAAAGCAUUACGCUUAAGACGGUGUUCAUUGCCUGGCAUAGGAACAAAACCGACCUUCGCAUAUUCCGAGAAUUCUUGGAACAAGGAGGGCACAAGGGUAUCUUACCUGGGGAUGAUAAUUGCAUACAUGUGAUCCAUUAUCUCCGACGCAACGUACCCGCAUCCAUUUCACUUAGCCUUCCUAUAAUCUUCGAGAUUCUCUAUCCGGACCAUGAGCUUAUCGGUCUCAAUCAUCGCGCUCUACCUGAUUGUCAGCAGACCAUGCUGGUCUUGGACGCCUUCGAGCAGCUCUGUAAACCCUCAGAGGAACGGAGCAUUAGAUGGAAGAUAGAGACCCUCCAGAGCCUCUACAAUCCGGGUAAGUUACAGCAGGAUGCGCAGCAAGAUGCUUCGGUCUCCGUCAAGCGGAAGAGCAGCUUGACUGAGCAAAGCAUCGAAGGACCUUCAAAGCCCAAGCGUGCGAAACUAUCAUCCAACCCACGAUUCUAUCUGGGGAGGCAUCAGAAUACCGGAAGAGCCGCCGAGAGCCAAAAAAGACGAAACAAUUUAGUCAUUUUAUAUCGGUUUAGACCAGCAUUUGAGCUAGUUUGUUUUGGCGUCCUAAACAUCGGAGGACAAUUAUGCCACUAUUAA